AUGGAAAUAGACGCGCUAUCGCGCAUUGCCGCUGGCCUGAUUGUCAGGGUCCCUGACAUCGCGACCACCGAGCUCGAGCCUCCCCAACCGGAAGAUAUCGCUAUACAAAAGGCUCUUGAUGAGGUCCUUGAGUAUCAUAGAGUUCACCGGCCUAAGAAUACAAUGAAAAACUAUGAGCCAAAGCAGAAGGAGUGGAAGGCCUGGUGCAAAAAGAUGGGCUUCAAGGAAGGCGGCAGAUAUCUUCCAGGAGACUAUGUUGACGAAGGGAAGCUCCUCCUCUUUAUUAAAGAGGAAGUUGCUAGCCGCCCUCCACGCCGCGGACAGAGGCUCAAGGCAGAGAGGAAGCGCAAGAGAACAGCAGCAGAAGUACUGUCAGAAGGGCCUCCCUCUAAGCGGAAGAGAGAGAAGAUCAGUGUUCCCUCUAUGGCGUUUGAAGAGCUACCUGUUGAGAGCGAUGAUGACGAGGCUUGCUCUGAACUUGUCCUGAUAUACAAUACUGCACAUCAGACCUCAUUAGGCCUCCACAAUGCAGCGCGACCACAGAGGGUGGCUAUGACUGCUCUGAAGACAUCGAUUGCCCGAGGCCAGCACCAACGCCAAUAUGAUGAGUUUACGGACUGUGGGCUAGCUACUAUACGAGAUGGAUAUGUUGCUUCUCAGAUUCCUAAUCUUACAAGAAAGGUCUGGGCCCAGUGCCUAGGGCAGAAUCAGAUUGAGCAACAGUUCCAUACACAGCUAUGCUUUCUUUUUGGCAACUCUAUGCUGCUAAGAUUAAGCAAUCGGCUGCCUAUGGAACUGCCAGGUCUAUUCUCAAUGCCCCUGCCUAAUGAAGGGCUAAAAGGCAAAGACUAG